ACAACAUACAUACCUUACUUUCAAGGUUCAGCUCUAAGCGCGCAACGCAGCAUCACACAAGGCACUCUCUGUGCAGAAGACAAAUCCAAAGACAUGUCAUCAGGUUAUGGCGACAACAGGCUGCUGGGCCUCGACCCCUUCGGGCGGUACACGAAAGAGAUGUCGGUGACGGCCGGCAUGCUCUGCCUGUUCGGUUUCAUAAACCUCGUGCCGGGCGUCUACGAUCUCUGCUUGUCGACCAUUGAUGGGCAAGACUGGUCGGGAAACAGCGACGUCUUCCCUCCCGUCGUCCGCCACCUGGCAGCGCUCAUCCAGAUCACCUUCAGCAUCGUGUCGAUGGCCGUCGGCUUCCAGUACCUGGUUUGCGGCGGAGCUUGCAGCCACUGGACCAUGAUUUCCUUGUUCUGCUCGUUCUUCUCGCUCUUCACCUUCGCCGUGUCCGUCGCCUACACCGGGUUCCUCUCCGCGAAAGAGAGCUUCGACUUCAUCCCAUCCGAGUACGGAGCUUCCACGUCCGAGAACCGUUCCGUCGCUUCGAUGAUUGCCAUCGCCUACGUCGCGUACGCGAUCAACAACUUCUUCGCUCUCGUCCACCUCAACUACAAGAUGUUCAUGUACCAGUCUGACCAGUGGGUGGGCUUCAAUCGCGGCUUCUACAAGACGGCCCUCAUGUUUGUUGGCCUGCUCACGCUCCUCGCCGGCACUGUGCAGCUCGCUCUCGGGGCCUACGUCUUCGACAAGGUGGACGAGGACCGGCUGUCCUCUCCCCUCGGCGCCAUUUUCUUGAGCGGCCCGUUGCUCGUCACGUACUCGAGACUGGCCAUAGCCUUCGGUGCCUUCCAGCUUGUCCUCGGCUGCUACAUCAUGGUCCGCGCCACCCAGAAACCUUCCAGCGGGAGCGGGGAAAACGCCAAAGGUCUUCAGGCGUUCCAGUUCGCCGCGUGGUUCGUGCUUGUCCUCAGCAUCUGCAUUCAGGUGCUGUCCCAAGUGACGAUGAGUUCGACUUCCACCAACAUCGUCGACCGCUACGCCGGCUUCGCCGCUCAGGCCGUCGCCUACGUUGUCGGACUCGGCCUGUUCCCCAUGUACCUCGAUGCCAUGUACUACACCACCCCCGAAACCAUCGACCAGAACGACUUCUGUGGCGACGUCAGCGCGUGGAGCAAGGGCAAGGGUGACAUCGAAGAACGCAAAGUGGAGUCGGCCAGCGUGGAGGCACAGGCAGUCGCUGCUCCCAACGCCUAA